AGCAUCAUCGAGCGACAUUUCGGAGAGGACCACGUGGAGACGUCCACGGUGUUGGGGAAUCUAGCAGGCUCUGUGGGUGCCUCUGGCGAUUUUCGCAAGGCGGAGUCCCUCCUGAGGCGGUGCUCGUCCAUCGUGGAGCAGCAUUUUGGCCCCAGGCACGUCAAGACAGCUCUGGCUCGGGGGAACCUGGCCUGGGCCCUGCUGAAGCUCGGCAAGGUCAGCAAGGCGAAGGCGCUGCUGCGUUCCAGCCUGAGGGCCCAGAAGGCGCACUAUGGUUAAGUCGGGCAUGUCCCUCGACAGGAGGACAAACCUCGCCCUCUGCUACAAGAAGCUGGGGCGCCCAGCUAAGGCGGUGAAGCUCCUCCGGGUCUCCUAUGCUGCGGAGGAGCUGCACUACGGUAAGGGCCACCUCAGCACGGCCGGCACUCUCGGCCACCUGGCAGAGGCCCACGGGGCCCGGGGCAACCUGGGCAAGAUGCGCUCGCUCCUCGCGGAGAGCCUGGGACUCCUGGACGACCACUUCGGCCACGACCACGAAGCUCCUGCCUCUUCCUGGCCGCGGCCGGCAUCCCCUGCUGCGUCGCCGGGGACCUCGCGGCGGCGCGCGGGCUGUGCGACCGGGCCCUGCGCGCCGGGCGGCACGGCUGCGGUAAGGAGAACGGGCACCUGAUGGGAAUCGCGAAGAUCCGCGCCUCAUCGCGGGGAUCGCGGAGCGGUCGGCGCCGACGAGCGGCUGGAGUCUUGAGGGGAAGUUGUCCUGAGG